GGGCGGGAGGUUUGGGAUUGGAGAUUUUUCGUCGGAUCAAGUAGCAGAUUAAUAAACACAAUUGAUCAUUGAGUUCAGCGGCCUACACGAAUUAAUUUUACUCGGAGUUAACGUAUUGUGAAGAAGGGAAAUGCUCGAUAUAUGGCUGAGGGAAAACUGUACAAGUUAUGUAAGGUUGAUGAUCGUCUGAACAUGAUCCAUCAAUCAGCAUUGGAGUAGCUAACGUUACCUACGUAGAACGUUGCUUUGCAUCACCAUGUAGGUUCACACACUGGUGGCCUGGAACGUUGCAGGCGUUUCUGAAGACAUCUCGAGCCAGCUAAACGAAAGGACACCAGGAUGAGCAAACAAGAGAAGAUGGAAUUGGACCUCGUAAUCCCAUCAACACUAGUUCAGAGCGACGGACACCUGAGACGAUCCAACAGCGCCCCAAUGAUUAAUGGCCUAAGUGACAAUUCCCAGGUUUUCCACAGAGAGAUUCUACGCAGCAGGCGAAACAGCACCACUGUUGUCAACCGCCCUAAUAUGGUCCCUUCAUCGCCCAUUCGUGUCCCCAGCACAAGGCUUCAUCAGAUCAAGCGGGAGGAAGGUGUGGAUGUGAUGAACAGAGAGACAGCCCAUGAACGGGAGGUUCAAGCAGCCAUGCAGAUGAGUCAGUCCUGGGAGGAGAGUCUGAGUCUGGUGAGAAAUGAUGAUGCUCCCAUGAGUGACAAUGACUUUGAGAAAUCUGCUUCGUCGUCCCCAAAGCGCAUAGACUUUGUGCCUGUGUCCCCAGCACCAUCCCCUACAAGAGGGAUAGGGAAGAAGCAGUGCUUCUCCCCUUCAUUGCAAAUUCUGGUGAGCAGCAAUGGCCUAUCCCCCAGCCCUAUACCUAGCCCAACGCGACGCUUCAGCCGGCGGAGCCAAAGCCCCAUUAACUGCAUCAGGCCCAGCAUCCUGGGGCCCAUCAAACGUAAAGGGGAGAUGAUGGAGAUGGAGAGCCAGCCAAAGAGGCUCUUUCAUGGGACCACCACCAUGUUGUCCUCUGAUUUGCCUACUCCCCAACAACUGACAGACUUCAACUCCUGUCUCUGUCCACCAGACGUGCUAGACGGCAGCCUCAGCAGCGUGGGUUCUUCCACUGGCUCGCCAGCCAAGAUGGAGGGAGUCUCAGAGUGUCCUUCCUCCAGCAACUCUCCCUUCACCCCCCUCCACGACCACUCCCCAAAAUAAACAAGGGAACAUGAGUCUCUAAACAAGGGUGAAGAUGAGGCACAAAAGCCACCUUGGCUGUAUGAGUUUCCUUUGGACUUUCACUUUUCUUUAGUUAAUGUGGUAUUCCCUUCCCCUGCUGUUUGCUUUCGCAAGGCUGUUUGCUAGGGGAGGAGAAGAGGUGUGUGUGUGUGUUUUUCAUUGAAAGGAAACCAAAGCCUUGGAUAUGUGCUGUGUGGACGCACCAUGCUGUAGUAGGCCCUAGUAAGAGUAGGGGGUGAUUGUGGAUGCUAUGUACACCAGCUGCUAGAUAUAGAUCCUUUACAUGGUGCUGCUUAGCACCACAGUGGUCAGAACCACCAUGUCGUUUACCCUGUAUCACAUGACCAUGUCAGCUGCAGCAUUGGAUGGAAAAUUACUGCCUGGAUAUGGAGAAAGACCCCCCCACCAAGUUUGUGUUUUCUGAAACAAUCUCCAGUCCUUUUGGUGUAUGUGCACGAAAUUGUCUGCAGACAUUGUAUGAAUGAAAUGAUUAAACUUGUUUUUCCUGAUUUACAUAAUUUUGUAAGUAUGUACAUAAUUGUCAAUUUAUUAUUAUUAUUAUUAUAGGUUUGUGAUUGGCCCUGUGCCCCUAUUAACCGCACAGCUUCAACAGUGAAUGGACAAUUCCCUCUAAACAGCGGAUUAGAACAUCUGUUUCCUUACUCUUCCAGGGGUGCGAAUAUGGUCGUUCUCUACUCGUCCUUGUACUGUAAGAGAAGAAAAUGGUUAUCCUCAGUAGUACUUAGAUGUAGGGGAUCAAGGAACUGUCAUUCUAGUUGAUGAUCUACCUUUUGUUAGCCCUUAAUCUAGUCCUUCACUGGCAUGCUGCAACUAUAGUUGCCAGUGAGUUGGGUAGUGUCACGUCCACCCAUCAUCCCUGCAGAUUGUACGAGGGCAACAGCACGAGGGGGGGCUGUCAGGAUUAGAACACUGUAGACUCCGAUCGCUGAAUCCUGUGUCUUUGCCUAGACAUUGCCAUAGACAUGCAGCCAAGUUUUCACUUCAGAACCUUUUUUAUGAAAUAAAUUGUUUUCUUGUUUGUUGGAGCCAUUUUUUUUUGUGAAUUGAAUUGAUUUUUGCCUACAUAAUUGCAUUGGUUGAUACUAAAUAUUAGAGUAGUGCAUCUUGUUCUCCUUUUUACCCUGAAAUGAAAUCAAUAGAAUGGUUUAGGUAAAACGCACUGUAGUGCAUGGAACAAAAUCAUGCCAUUAUAUUUUUAAAAAGGGACAUGGUUGUGUCCAUAUAGUGUGGUCAACAUUUGGCAUAGCUUAUAGUGCAAAAUGUUUCACUGGAUGUGUUUGUUUAUGAAUAAAAUGCGCAAUGAACAUUCGUAAGCAAUACCAAAGAUUGACCAGGGGCAGUAAAGGCAGACUUCGUUUUUCUCUGAAAAUCCAGUUGUACACUGAUUCACAAAUGUGAUUUUAGACCAUUGUAAAACAUUUGGGGGUUAGUCAUUUCAGUUAAUCCUGUUCGAAUGGUCUCUUAAAUUGAUUUCUUAGUUAUUUUUCCUGUUUUAUUACAAGGUGUGCCAUCUUACAGAGUGUGAAACUCCACUUUGUCAUAUAUAAGUAAGCAAGAGUGAUUGUAAAUCCUUUUUAUGGAAGUAAGUCAUUGAUCUAUUUUUUUCUGAAAUUAAGUUUUGAAUACAAAAAUGGCAAGCCGGUCAUUCAGGUCUGCUUGCCCUGCUGUCAAUAUGAUUGGUGUGAUUUAUUUUUGUCCAUGUUUUAUUUUGUCCUGUUCAUUUUUCAAUGUCUGCAAUAUGUCUAAGGCAUGAGAUGGGCAGAGUAAAUCAAAGUGUUUAUGUACGUGAUGGGAGGGUGUAGACUAGUUAGACCAACCCUUCGCUCGUGACCCUUGCUGGAAUGAAACAUUUCCCCUGUGAUCCUUUCAUAUCAAAGACAUCUAAACAGGAAAGGGUAAAUACGUUUGUCUAAUAUUUCCAUGCAAUGACUGUUUUGCUUUGUUGUUGAUAGACAAAUGUUUUAUAUAUAUAUUUCCCCCUCUUAAUAAACCAUUGGAUUGACAAUU